CUUUGAACACAUCCUAUCAAUACAAUGAUAGGCAUACAAAGAAUAUCGGAAUGGCUCUGUUUCCGUGCUGUGAGCGAUGCCAUCUCGUGGGCUAUGUUCGCCUGCUUCGCAUACCUGAUUUUCGUUGAUGCCACCGGUCUAUUUACCUGGGUCGACAGUAUAAGUGGUGCCUCCGGUCCUUUUGUUCUUCGAAGCGCUUACUGUGUGGAGGUCACCGGUGUCGUUGGCCUCAACGGGGGUCUGCAGGACCUUGCCAUCGUCCCCUCCAAUCUGCCACAAUGGGCCAGAACGGCCCUAAUUCCCUGCGCCACGGGUGAACUGGGAAUGCUGCAGAAGGUGGCGUACGGGGCUUCUCUAGCACGUCACAUGUCACUGCUUACCGUCGACCGAGACAUUGCAAUGGCCACGCUGGCUGGGCCAGGGCUGAUUGCUGUGGGCGUUCUGUGUGGAGCGAUUGUUUGGCAUCGACUGGGUGCUGUGUUUAUAUUUUCAGGCGUGUGCGCUCUGACCUACGUGUUCAUGUGUGUUGAGGGUGGUGUCAUGCCCAACCUAAUCCUGAGCAUGAUGGGAAGCAUCACACUCUUAUACACCGCCUUCAAUCUACGGCGACCAUACCCGUGGUACACUGUGCCGGUAGAAGCUCCUGAGAAGAGGGCACGUUCUGCCGAUGGAACGAAGGCUGCAGCCCAUUCAUCGAAGAUGCCAAAGGCUUUACGAAAUCGAAAAUUGAAGAACGAGAGUACCAAGACCGAUGACAAGAGAUGAAAGAUGGACUGUUUUCGAGCCCGAUCAAGCUUUUCAUUCCAGUAGUUAUUAAACAAUAAUUAGUUCUUAAGCCCAAUGAAACUUUCAUUUCAGUAGUCGUUAAAUAAUAAUUAGUUCGUCAGCCCAACGAAGCUUUCACUUCGAUAUAACCAUUAAACAAUAAUUUAUACUCGA